CGGUUCUCGUGGAUAUCGGUCGUUUACGAAACUCCUUCGAACACCUCCAUCUUUCUUUUUGUGAACAUCGUUCGGAAAUACUUGGUUCUGUGUUGUCACUUGUGUGCUCUGUAAAUGGUACGCGAUUCUUUUUGUUUUUUUUUUUUUUAAUUUUGGAGUUUGAGUUUCUCUAUCGGGACGUAAGACACAAUAAGAUUGCAAGAAUUUAUUUUGGAAGAGUGAAAGAAAGUUUACAAAAUCGGAAGUUUGCUGUUUUAUAAAAUCGCAGGUGUUUUAUUUUACAAAAUUGCAAGACUGUCGAGGUGUCAUAGCGAAUCAGAGCGGACUGCCAUCUUGUCAACUACAAAACUAGCCUACUAGCUCGAAAUAAUGCUAGAUGCGAAAUUAAUCAAGCGUUCUUGCGAUGAUUAAACGCGUCGUUCAACGUGCACGCUUCGACCGACGAUCGAAGAAUGUUCAGUCGCGUGCGAACUGUGAUACGAGACGAUACUGAAGAGUAGUCGAAGAUAUAUCAAACAAAACCGAACAAUCCAUGAAAUUGAUUAUUGAUUACAUCAACAUCAUUGCUUACAUUAGACAAUUGUCCCAAGUGAAAUUUUAUCUGACUCUUUCUGUGUGUUCUUCUGAGUUUCUCGUGUUUUUGAUUGAGUCAAUGAUUUGAUCUUUGAUUUGAUUUCGAGAUGGUUUGAAUGGAAUUUAAUUGAUGAAGAUCGUAAAGAAACUUGAAAAUAGAAUUCGAAGAUUGAAAUUAAGUACAGUCGAUAGUGAUCGAAUGAACAGUUGAGAGGACAGUUUGAAUGUAUAGAAAUGAGAGUCGAAUCUUGAAGACUCGGCUUUUAACAAUCGGGUCUAUUAGUGAUUAAAAGCAGAUAGUGAGGUUACUUCAGAAGAUUGAUUUGUGGACUGAAGAUACUGAAGUGUCAAGUUCAAGUUCCGUGAAAUAUGAACUUUCGUUGACUCAGGAUGAGUGUGGGGGAAGGAAUCGUUUGUGAUUUAUUUUGGAAGAUGAGUAAACAAAAAUUACCUGCGCCGACCCUAACGAUAAUCGAGAUCGCCCGAUGAUCGUCCAGAUCGAAAGCAAACAGUCGGACGUCGAAGGGUAAUUCGAAUCGAUCCAUGAGUUAGUUAGAGCGGAGUGAAAUUGGACGAAAUUGAGUUGAUCGUCGUCGAGGGACACGAGGAAGUCAAGCGUUCGAAGAUGGCCGACUUGAAUUUCGAGUGAAACUGGAAACGAUGUUAAUAGAAACAAAUACAUAGAUCAACGGUGAAUUAAUUGUUGACGACACGAGCCUCGGAAUUUAUUAGAUCUCAAGAAUCUUCAAAGAAACAAUGUCAGAAAAAUGAUUUCUAAAGAAUAGUGAGAACAGGUAGUUUAACUCGUUUCUGGAUAAGGAAGAAGCAACUAUUAAAUCGUUCGUGAAGAUGGAUCAAGGUGGAAAGGAGGAUUUAGUCAUUACAGCAGCAGCCGACAUGUUCGAGAAUUACACGAGUCCAAUAGUAGCGUUUCUGCAACGCGAAGAUUCACCAAACAGACGGGAUCCGUUGUACAUCGUGUUGCCGAUCACGGUGAUCUACGCGGUGAUCUUCUUCACCGGACUGGUCGGCAACGUGUCCACGUGCGUGGUGAUCGCGCGUAACAAGUCGAUGCACACCGCCACCAACUACUAUCUGUUCAGCCUGGCCGUGUCUGAUUUAUUGCUGCUGAUAUCUGGCCUGCCGCCGGAGAUGUACUACAUAUGGUCGCAUUUCCCGUACGUGUUCGGUGAACCCUUUUGCAUUAUUCAAAGCUUCGCUGCCGAGACGUCCGCGAACGCCACUGUCCUCACCAUCACCGCAUUCACCGUUGAAAGGUACGUCGCCAUCUGUCAUCCGUUCAUCUCUCACACGAUGUCGAAGCUGUCUCGAGCGGUAAAAUUCGUGAUAGCGAUCUGGUUAACGGCGCUCUUUCUGGCGGUACCGCAGGCCAUUCAAUUUGGGGUCACUUACGACCAUAGUAAAAACGGGUCUGCGAUUAUGGACAGUGCUAGAUGCUCGAUAAAGUGGGUACUGAUUGCUCACGCCUUUGAAAUAUCGACUAUAUUAUUCUUCGCUGUACCAAUGACGAUCAUCACCGUUCUCUACAUACUGAUCGCGAUCAAGCUGAGGAGGUCGAGACUGUUGACGGCCAGCACCGUCAAGAGGAACCAUUUGCCGGCUGGUUUGAAUCACUGCGAAAGCGGGAGGGCAAAGGGUUCUGCUCAGAGAAAUGUCAUUCGCAUGUUGAUUGCAGUGGUAGUGGCAUUUUUCAUUUGCUGGGCGCCGUUCCACGCCCAAAGGUUGUUGGCUGUCUACGCGCAGAAUACAAACGGGGAACCGGAAGACGUCGUCGUAAUAGUCUACACUAUCCUCACAUACGUGUCAGGGGUGUUUUAUUACCUUUCCACGACGGUCAAUCCGUUGCUGUACAACAUCAUGUCCAACAAAUUUAGAGAAGCCUUCAAGUCAAUGUUGUCGAAUCACUGCGGGCGGAAGUGGUCCUCGCGGAAGUCAAUCCCUCGACAGCCGACUUACAGCAGCCUGUCAAAGUAUCCAAGGUCCACAACGAGGCAGGCGGACGAUCGUCAAAAUUCGCCAUCAAUAUCCGUCAGCGACGAGAACCAAAAGCUGACGGCGAAUGUUCAACGUCCAACGAACUCGAACGAUCUGAAUGGAUUAGAACGAAGGAGCCAAGAUAAUCGAUCGACCUCGAAAAUCAACAGAAUAAAUAAUCACAGGGAAUACGGUAGAAGCGCCUCCAGAGGAUCGAAUUCCAGCCAAUUGACCUUGAUGACUUCGAUCAGCAGAAGUUUUAACGAAGGAAACAACAACAUGGCGGCCGCGUGCGUGAACGAGUGCUUCCUGAAGAUGCAGUCUCCACCUAGGGCUGUCACUAUUGGAAUAAUAGCGGAACGAUUGCGACUAGGAACCAAAGGACUGUUCUCGCACCAGCAAAAGGUGCCAACCAUCCCCUUGUCGAAACCGGAAGUGACGACCGAGCAGCAACCGCGGUUUCAGAGUCACCCAAGUAUCGAAAGUGCGAACACCAUCAGCAACUCCAGUUUACAGGAUUUCGACGAAACUGAGUUUACUGGAACGGAGUUAGCAAGAUACAUGGGCGAAUUGAACUGCGACUUGGUUACUUGACCCACGUUUCCGGAAACGGACACAUAAGCUUCUUACGAGAGAUACUUCUUAAGAAAACUUUCGAUCUGUGUAGACGUUCAGCGACGAUGGUCAAAGAAAUCUGAGAAUUUUGAUAAUUGAAUACUUGGAGUCUUUGAACUUGACGAAUUGAGAAAUUGAAGAAUUUUUGAAGUGUUUAAUUGUCUGGGGACUGGAGAAUAUGAAAAUUUGAAUAACUAAAGGAGUUGAGAAGUUGUCAAUUUUUAAAUUGAAAAAUUGGAAAGUGGA